AGUUAGAACAUCAAGAUUCAGGAUAUUGUUUAAAUUUAAAUAAAAUAUCAGAACUAUUUUUUUAUCUAUAGAAAUGUCCCAAUAUCAUAAUCAGGAUAUUUUUCUAGACACAGAAUAUAAUGAUAAUAAACAGUGCAUCGUUGGAACAUGUUUGGAUAUGUGUCCACGCGAAGAAAUUACUUUGCGGAAAAAAGAAAAGUUGGUGCAUGUUUUAGAAGUUACUGGUUCGGGGUACAAAUUAAUUAAAAGUUAUUCCCGUUCGGCGGCGAGUGCUAACAUGGCAGUGCCUCGUCUUUUGAGGCCAUAUCCAGUGCUCUUCGACACUAUACACUAUUUAUUGCUGAAGGUAUCAAAGAGAUCGGAUGUUCAGAUGUCAGUUUUAUAUGACUUUCUAAAUGAUCGUUUAAGGGCUGUAAGGCAAGAUAUGACAAUACAACGACUCCCACCAGAGGAGAGCAUUAUUCUACUAGAACCUAUGAUAAGGUUUUAUGUUUACUAUGGCUAUAGGUUAUGUGAUCAUCCAUUGAGUGAAUAUGAUCCUGUUCUCAACAAGAAAUAUCUGUUGGAAUGUCUCAAAUGGUACUUAAGUUGUUGUGACCUUAUGGAACAGAGUAAAAUUGGCGUCAACGAUGUAGAUGCAAUCAUUGAUAAUUUAUCUACUUUGAAUGUUAAUAGGGGAAAGGAUGGAACUCUCUCAUGUGACAGAAUUUUAAUAGAAAGCUUCUAUAUCUUGUGUAAUUUAGAUGAUAUGCACCCACUUUAUAGGUAUUUGAACUUACCAAAAUCUAUUAAAAGAGUUUCUAUAUUAAAGCUGACCUAUGACAUAGCAGUGGCUCACCUGCAGGGAAAUUACAUCAGGAUGUGGAAACUGUCUAAAAGAUUAUGUCCGCUAACUUUUUCAGUUCUCUGCUUGCAUCUGCCAUCAUUACAAAAAAGAGCUUUGCAAAGCCUGAGUAGCGCAUUCAACAGUAAACAAUUGACUGUGCCCGUAACGGCGAUAAAACAGUGGCUAGCAUUCAACAGCGAGGAGGAAGUGCGCACAGCUUGUACACAUUAUGGUCUGAAGGCUACUGAUGGCGUUUUAUUUAACAAAAAUAAUUUUAAACUCAAUCUAAAUACGCUCCCUCCGAAAAAAUACUAUAAAGCAAAAAUAUUAUGUUUAAAGCUAGAAGACGUACUAUCCUAUACUGUAUAAUGUUUAAUAUUUUACAAAUGUAACAACUGAUCUCAUUAUUUUAUGUUCAAAGUUUAACUCGUUUUGAAAUAAAACAAAGA